UUUAGGAAUUUUUGCUUGGAUAACAUUAUUAUAUUUCACGAUUGGAUUAAUGUUUACGUAUGCGGAUGUAACAGGAAAGCCAGAAGCUUUAGUACGUCUAAGAAUACAAAAUACUAAUGCCUUUCCAGUGAAAAUGUCAACAGUUUAUCAAGUGGUGAAACAGGUGUCGGUGAAUCAUUUUCUUAUCACGUUCCCAUUCGUUCAUUUUUGUCACAAACUUUUGAAAUGGAGAGGAAUAGAAAGUGUUGAUACAAUUCCAAGUGUUCGAUCGAUAAUUGUAGAUCUUCUGUUCUAUUACAUCAUAUAUGAAUUUUUAUUUUAUUACAUCCACAGAUUGUUACAUCACCCCANAGAAAAAACUAUAUUACAUACAAAUAUGAUGGCUGGUAUCAGUCUGUUGUCAGUAGAAACGUAUGAUGUACUGGGNUGGAUCGAUAAUUGUAGAUCUUCUGUUCUAUUACAUCAUAUAUGA